AUGUACGUUGAUGGAAGAUUCCUCUCCAAUCUUCGUUUUGUGGACGUCGUUCUCUUCUCGAAAAGUACCAAUGAAGCAGAAACGAUGCUCAACGAAUUGAACGAAGCAGGGAAGAGAAUAGGACUACGAAUAAACAGGAAGACACAGUUCAUGAAGAACGCGCACUGCGAGGACGGAGGAGUACAACUUGAAGGCUCCCAAAUCGUGGAAACUCCGUCAUACGUAUACCUCGGACAUUCUAUGAACAUGGAAGGCGACUUGAAAGAAGAACUGAAUAGAAGAAUGAGAGCAGCAUUGGCAGCAUUCGCAUCUCUCAGGGAACCUACGGACCAACUGACGGACCAAGAUCUUCGUGCCCAUCUGUUUGACUAG